AACAACUCAAGCUAUUUCUUACUGGGAUUCUCCACAAGUACUAGAAAGUAUGGGAUCUCUACAACUUGUUCCACAAACUCAAACUAUCGGUCAAGGAAGCAUACGCCUCUAACUCGGUUCAUUCCCUAGGUCCCCAUUUCAAUUCUAAAAGAGAGUCUUCUUUCGGCUGCUACUUACUUAUUUGUAAAUCUCUCUUUUCGCUCAACAUGUGCAUUGCUUCGAUUCCCGCCUUGCUCUCUCUAGAUAAAAUGCGACUUCUUUACGCUCGAAAGGGUAUCCCUCGGGCUAAAUCGCACAGGUGGUUAUGCUUUUCCCCGGCUGCUUGUGCCUUAGACUUUGUUAGAAGCUCAUCUGCUAAAUCAAUGACGGGGAAGAUUACUCACUUAGUGCAAAGCACGGAGGGCCGAUGCUUGAAGCGAAUGGAGAAUAUGGCGAUCGCGCAUUGGAAAGGUGAAAGAAAGGAGGGGGAGACAAGGCUGGACUAUGCAACGGUAGGGAUAGAGAUUUCGAAUCUUUCAGUUCCAGGAGGUCGUCUAGGUAAAGCGACCCGACAUGGAGAAAGAGUUCUAACAUCUCGUUGUACACUCCCUUCUUUCUACCCGUUGACGGGGACUCCUAGAGUAGUUGGUGUAGAUAGGGCAUAGAUGUUUUAUGGUGAGUGAGCCUUUUCCGAAAGAUUCUUCUAGUGGCACCGCUUUUCAUAUAGUAGGAGAGAGAGGUGCGUUGCUUAGACAUCAGAUUCUUUCUUGUUCCCGAUCGAUGAUUCUUCUGUAGUACAUCAGAGGUCCGGAAAGGAGUUCUCA